AGUGAUCAACUGACAGUUAAAACAAGCUUUCUUGUCAAUCAGAUAGCAGUAAAAGUCACAGAGUCAGUGCCACCAGCCGAAGAAAACACAAUGAAGAAGAUGGCUGUGCUUUUUCUUGCAGUCGGAGUCUUUUUGUUUCUAAUUCAUGAAGGUGAUUGUGUGGAAAUUGUUGGAGGGAAAGAGGUCAUUCCUCACUCAAGACCCUACAUGGCUUACUUUAACACUUUGUGUGGCGGCGCUUUGAUUGAACCAAACUGGGUGCUGACGGCUGCACACUGCGAUGACCCUACUGAGGUAACUCUCGGUGCUCAUUCAAGAACAGAAAAAGAAGAAACAAAACAGAAAUUUCGAGUGCACAGAAUUGUUCGUUAUCCUACUUUUAAUUUAACAUCAUUCUUCAGUGAUGACAUCAUGCUCCUCCAGCUAAACAAAAACGCAGUCAUGAACUUGUAUGUUUCAUCUCUCCACCUGCCUUUUAACGGAGAAGACGUCAGACCGGGAACUGAGUGCAGAGUCGCGGGAUGGGGAGCACAGAAAUAUUGGGGCCCAACAGAAGACAAGCUGAGGGAGGUUUGCGUGACCGUUAUAGACAGAGACAAAUGCAACAGCCCCAAGUACUAUGGAAAAAUACAAAUCACAAAAAGUAUGCUGUGUGCAGGUGAUGAAAACAAUGGUGGAAAAGACUCCUGCCGGGGGGAUUCAGGCGGCCCGUUACUGUGCAAGGGGUACUACAGAGGAAUUGUCUCCUUUGGUGAAGGCUGUGGCAAUGCUAAAAAACCAGGCGUCUACACACUCCUUACAAGCACAUACCUCAAGUGGAUUAAACAUAUGAUUCAGCAUUAUGGUUGAAAUGCAUUUCUGCAAAUGCUUUGCCCUAUCCUUUCAAUGAUGCUACCAUUUACUAGAAGUUGCAUUUUGUUUAUGCAUGUCAAAAUAAUUGUAAUCAACCCAAUGCUACAAUAAACGACCAGGCACUAAA